AUGGUGCAUGCGGGAGAGACAGGGUUUCACCUCAUGUCGGCGCCCCCUUUUCCCUUCCAGCCCUUCUCUCUCCGGCCUGCCCUCAUCUUCCACAAGCUGUAUCACAGCUCCCGCGGCAUUCAAGUGAACCACUGGGUGCUGCUGCCCUGCUACCUCGUCAGCUUGUUCCUGACUCUUGCGGUUUUCUGGGCGCAGAUCCUGGCCUUUGCGCUGCUGGCGGUGUAUGCGCUCGCGGUCACGGGUGCGUUCAUGGGCGGCAGCUACACACUAUGCGUGCUCAGCCCCUGCCUCUUCCUGGCUUGGGCCAUUGCUGACAGUUUGGGGAACCCUUGGUGGCCUAUUCGAUUCGCGCUGGGCCAGGCCGGGUGCCUGGUCAGUCUGUUGCUGCAGCUUCUGGGCCAUAAACUCUGCGAGAAGCUGAAGCCGGAGCCGGCGCCCAUGCACGGCUUCGUGGCCGCACCGAUGCUGGAGUGGCAGGUGGUAUGGAUGGAAGCGUACUUGGCGCUGAUCCCGAGGCCCCCGCCCGAGUGGCUCUUCAACCUGGAGGAGCCGCAGCAAGUCUUCGCGGAGGCGGAGAGAAUGCGCCUGGAGCGGGAGAGUUUGUUGGGUUGA